AUGACAUUCGGGUCAGCUGCUGUGGAUGGCUUUAUAAGGACCAGAGGAAUUUGUUUCCUUUUGAAUGGUAACCCUUACUAUGCAAAUGGUUUCAAUGCCUACUGGUUGAUGUUUGUAGCUUCGGAUCCAUCUGAAAGAUCUAAUGUCUUGGCCGCAUUUCGUGAUGCUGCAACGCACGCUCUCAUGGUGGCUAGAACUGGGGCUUUCAGUGAGUGGUUAUAUACCUUUACAGUAUGCACCAGACUGUUCUUAACAGAUAUAACAGCUUUACUUGGAUCCGUUACAAAGAUGAUCCGACCAAUACGAUACUGGCAUGGGAAUGAGCCUAGAUGCACAUUAGAUUCUUCAGGAAGGAUUGUUCAGAAACCACUUGGUGGAAAAGCUGGUUUAGAAGGAUUUUAUGUACAAUCAACUCCUCAGCAGAAGAAACUUAAUCCCAGCUUGGAUAUCGGAACAGAUUUCAUUGCGAAUAAUCUGAUUCCCGCCAUGGAUUUUGCUACAGUCCAUUCAUUUCCUGAUCAAUGGGAUGGAUUUGAGAUUGUUCUAAGCGAGAGCUCUUCAACAGCUAAUAUCAUUGCUCGACAAGCUCGACCAAAUCCGUAG